AUGAAGACGACAUCUGUUUCGGGCGCCGCUCUGGCAGCGGUCUCGAUUUUCUCAUCUUUUGCAGCAGCAGUCCAGCCUCUUACUGUCGAUGGCGCCAACUUCAUUACCAAGUCGAGUGGAAACCGCUUCUCAAUCGUUGGUGUCGACUACCAGCCCGGCGGCUCAUCCGGCGUCACCGCCACAAGCGACCCUCUCAGUGACCCUCAGGCUUGUUUGAGAGAUGCAAUCCUUCUGCAGCGUUUGGGUGUCAACACCAUCAGAGUCUACAACUUGAUUGCCGACAUCAACCACGAUGAGUGUGCAUCCAUCUUCAACGCUGCUGGUAUCUACAUGAUCCUCGACGUAAACAAUGGAUUCGACAAUUCGUACCUCGACCGCUCCGCACCCUGGACCACUUACACCAACGCAUAUCUUACCCAUGUCUUCAGCAUCAUUGAGGCGUUUGCCCCUUACCCUAACCUUCUUGGAUUCUUUUCUGGUAACGAGGUUAUCAACCAGGACAGCGCUGUCAACGCUCCCGCCUACAUUCGCGCUGUCACUCGCGACAUGAAGGACUACAUCGCUAAGAACGUCGCCAGAGAUAUUGGUGUUGGUUACUCGGCAGCUGAUGUCGCUAAUCUGCUCAGCGACACCUGGGAGUACCUUGGCUGCGACUUGGCCAACUCGACUUCUUCCAAGAUUGAUUUCUUUGGCCUGAAUGACUAUGAGUGGUGUGGAGACAGCUCUUACAUGCAGUCUGGCUACAACGUGCUCGUUCAACAAUUCGGUAACACCAGCAUCCCCGUCUUCUUCUCCGAGUACGGAUGCAACAAGGUCGAGCCUCGCACUUUCACCAACGUUCCUGUCCUCUACGGCGAUCAGAUGAGCGUUCUGUCCGGUGGUCUCGUUUACGAGUAUUCCGAAGAUACAAACAACUAUGGUCUUGUCAACAUUACUACUGCUGAUGAGAUCCAUCUCCUUCAAGACUACGGUUUCCUGGCCACUCAAUACGCUAAGCUCGACGAGAACCUCCUUACUUCUGCCAACAGCACUGCCACUGGCCAAAAGCCUCCUACUUGUGAUCCCAGCCUUAUCACUGGUGCCGGUUUCUACAACAGCUGGGACCUUCCUCCUCGCCCUAGCGGUGUCGAUGCCUUGAUCAGCAGCGGUCUUUCCAGUGCCAACAAGGGCAAGACUGUUUCCGUCACUAGCACUGCCAUGCCUGCUACCGUCUACGACUACGACGGCUCUCAGCUGAAUGGUCUCGAGCUUACCGUUCUUGAGGAACAAGACAGCAACCGUCCUGGUCUUGCUGGCAACUACACUCCUUCCACCCCUACCGGUACUGCCGCAGCCACUAGCGGCAGCACUGGCGGUAGCUCUAGCGCUACUCGCAGCAGCUCUGGCAAGGCCUCGUCCACUGCCUCUCAGACUGCUGCCACAAGCAAAGGUGCUGCAGCACCCAUGUUCGUCUCCUCGGGCGCCGCAACCUUUGGUGCUCUCCUUGCCUCUCUCUUCCUUUUGUAA